AGGAGCGACCCAGCCCCCUCGCUCCGCGGAUCUUCUUCCUCCUCGCGCGAGCGCCGCCACUCAUCACGCUGCCGAGAGCCCGCGCCCCGUAGCUCGUCUUCCUGCUAGCUCGAGCGCCUCCACCGCAGGUUAAUCUCCCCUUCGAUUCUCUCGCUCCCGACCGUUUCUCCUCCCAUCACCCCACGAACAGAUUCCGCCCUUUAGAUCCCGGUUUCAUAAUCUUCCCCAAUUCGUAACUGAGGCAAAAAUCAAGGUAGGGCGGCCGCCCUACCUUGCCCUACCGGGUCCUCCGCCAUUGCCAGUCGCGCUGACAGAGAAGGAAGAAGAACAAGAGGCGUUGCCUGUUUCUUCCCGAUGCUCCGGAUCGCCUCUCAGUCGGGUUUGCUUGGCGGUCAGAGAUGCUACAGCGCCGCCACCAAGGCCGGUCUCUCAAUCAGUGGUGUAAAUGACAUCAUUGCGGUCGCCUCGGGGAAAGGCGGCGUCGGCAAGUCCACCACUGCAGUUAACAUUGCUGUAGCACUUGCGAAGGAGUUUCAGCUUAAGGUGGGUUUGUUAGAUGCUGACAUAUAUGGACCAUCCAUUCCCACAAUGAUGCAUUUGCAUGCAAAGCCUGAAGUAAGUGAAGACAUGAAGAUGAUUCCAGCUGAGAACCAUGGGGUGCGGUGUAUGUCAAUUGGGUUUCUUGUAGACAAAGAUGCACCAAUUGUUUGGAGAGGUCCUAUGGUAAUGAGUGCUCUUGAGAAGAUGACAAGGGGAGUAGCCUGGGGGAAUCUUGAUAUUCUUGUUGUUGAUAUGCCCCCUGGCACUGGUGAUGCUCAACUAUCAAUGUCCCAAAGGCUUCGAUUAUCUGGUGCUUUAAUUGUUUCAACUCCUCAAGACAUUGCUCUAAUUGAUGCUAGAAGAGGAGCAAACAUGUUCCGUAAAGUUCAAGUUCCUAUUCUAGGGUUAGUAGAGAACAUGAGUUGCUUCAAGUGCCCAAAGUGUGGUGAGGAGUCUUACAUUUUUGGGGAAGGCGGAGCUCAGAGAACAGCAGAGGACAUGGAUAUGAAAUUUCUUGGUGAGAUACCUCUUGAAAUCGACAUCAGAACAGGUUCGGACGAAGGCAAACCAAUUGUAAUAUCUUCACCGAAAUCUGCAUCGGCGCAAGCCUACCUGCAUGUUGCCGAGAAGGUCACUCAGAGGCUCAAGGAGUUAGCCGAGGAACGACUGAUGGGCCCAGAAAUCUCGCUCUGAGAAUGCGUCUGCCCAUGUGUAACAUCUUUCUAUCUUUUCAUAUCUCUGUCCAACCAUUUCGUGUUUAUUCUGAAUAGCCGUUCUCAUAAGACUUUCAUGUGCAAAAAUGAGAGCUCAUCAAUUCGUCUGGGCAUAUUCUGAAACAAACCCUUCAGGAUAUUCGUCUUUUGACAUGUGUUCCCUACCCCUUGUUUCUAUAUCAAAGCAUUUCUUAGAUGAAUGCAAACAUGAUAAAGAUGCAGUCAUUCGGAAAGCUAAGAAGAGAGAGAACAUGUCCGAGGAAAUUUUGAAAGGAAUGGUUUGUCUUCGUCCAAGAUGUUUCUUCAAGUGGAAGCAUGAGCAUGAUUUCUGGUUGGAGUGUGGUUGGGGUGUCAAAUCUUUUUAAAGUGUGACCAAGUUUAUAGAAAAUGCACUAUUAUCUACAACCGAAAAAUAGUUCUCCCUCCGUCCUA